GAAACACGGUCGUCAGCGCACAGCAAACUCCGCAACGGUGGGGCGGCUGGCAAUUCCACAACCACAGGCAGCGUGGGCGGUGCAAAGGGGCGGCGAAACGGCAACGCGAACAGCGGCUCUGGGGCGGUCAGUGGCGGGGGCGGCACUGCUCCCGCUUCACCUACAGGCACGUUCGUGCCGCCCAGGCCGGAUAACAAAAGGAAACAGCGGUCGGGAGAGGAAGAGAGUAAUACUGGAAAUAAUGGCAAUGGUAGCGCGCAGACGCAACAGAAUGCUACGCCACAUGGUGCUACCCCUUCAGGUGCAACCGUAAGCCAAGCAGCGAAAAAGCGAAGUCCUCCACACCCACGGUAGUGGUGACAACGACGCCAAGUCACAGUCCUCCACCCUCUCCGGUGCUACUAGAGUGUCCGGAACCGAACUGUUCCAAGAAGUACAAACAUAUCAACGGGCUGAAGUACCAUCAGUCGCACGCUCACGGCAGCAUCACGGCAGUCUCUGCAGGUACUGCUGUGCCGGAUGAUAUCGAUAUGGAUACUAAGGACAUUUCGGAGAACGACGAAUCGAACAUCGAAGCUCCAUCGCCAGCCACUCCUGUCAAAUCCCCGGAGAAACCAGUAGCAACAGACAGCCCCACCUCCAUCCCUGUUGCUACUAAGAAAGACCCCGCCCCCACGGAGGCGGUCAGCCAACCAAGCACUCCACCAUCUCCAGCAGCUACACCCCAGGAAGUAGUUCCAGGAAUGCCCGCCUCACCUGCGGGUACGCAGCAGGACAAGGGGCAGCAGGUGGCGGUCCCAGGGGCCACGGCCGCUGCGACACAGCAACAGGUAGUCAAGCCGGGUGUGUUGAGGUAUACGCCGACUCAAGGACAACCGCAACAGCAGGAUGAAUAUGGUAUAGGGGUGUUUUCGCCGCCACAGGGAAAACCUCAAGUGACAGGUGCCCCUCCAUUGGGCCCAGUCGCCGUAGGCGUAGGCCUAGGAGGACCCGGCGUUCGCGUCAACCCUCUCCAAGAACAACCAGUUCUUCUCUCCGACCAACCCUCUCCACAGCAACCGCCCCCACCAGUCUCAUUCGCCGGACAACUGCCACAGUCUCAAGGUGGCCCGGUACCGCCUCAACAGCAGCAGUUCGCGCAACCGCCGUCGAUCAUCAUCCCCGGAGGCGGUACGACGCUGCAACAGCCGCCCCCAGUGUCGCCACAUCCUCCACAAAGUCCCAAGGUGCUGCCUCAGAGUCCGCAGAGCGCGCAACAGCAGUUCAAGGUCAAGCCUGCGUCAGCGCUUAUGCCAGAUGACAAGAAGUCACAACAGCAGCAGCAACAGCAAAUCAGCAAUAAGGGUCAACCUCAGUCGCCUUUCGCUAAGAAAAAAGCGAGAAAAAGUCCAGCCGGAAGUCCAAAUCCUGCGCUUGCACCCACGGAUCAACCUUUAUAUGGUUCUGAUCAACCUGCAGGUCGAGAAGAGGUCCAAAGCCCGGCGUACUCGGACAUAUCCGACGACGGCGCCCCACCUGUCACAGAACCCGUGGACGCCGUAGUUGUCGAUCGCAACGCCCCUGGUGGCCAACCUCCCAAACCGCCGGGAAGCGGUUCGGAUAAAAAGGCAGACGGAACAGUAUCAGGACCGCCCGGCGCUGGAGGGCAGCCGCUGCCGCCCCAUAUGCCUCCCCAGUACGGCAUGUACCACCCGUUUUACGGGCAGCCGACGCAUCAGUAUCUGGUGCAGCAGCAAGCCCAGCAACAACAGCAGGCACAGGCGGAAAAGCAGGCCAAAGAGCAGCAGGAGAAGCAACAGCAGCCACCGAUGGGCGGGCCUGGGGAUAAGCAGGGUGAUAAGGAUGGGAAGAAGGACAGCGAUUAUCCUCAGAAAGUCCUCCAACAGCACUACUAUCCAUACGGAUACGUGCCAGGUUAUCCAUGUAAUCUAGAUACGACAUAUGGCGGAGUGCCUCUAGUCCAAGAGGACAAACUGAAGGAAGACCGGGUCAAGAAAACGCCGAGCCCAAUAGAACAGGGUGGAGGGAAACAGGCACAGCCUAUUCCCAAUCCUAUUCAGGUACCAACGCCAAAGGUAAAGUCCACUAGUGAUAAGGACAAACAUCAAAACGAGAACCAUCAAAUACUAAAGGAGAGUAUAGAGAUCAAAAAUCAGAUGAAUCCUUAUAUGUACUCCAGUAGACAACAACCACCCCAACAAGUUCCAGCUCAGCAACAUCAUGGACAAAGGGACGAAGAUGUUCGGAGAUUUUAUAUCUACCCUGACCAAAGGCGAAAAGAGCAAGGUGUCCCUCAGGAGCAUAAGAGCAGUUCACAAUCAAAUAAGGUCCAGUUACCUCCCAGCCCAAGCCUCAAACCCAAAGACAUAAAAUUAGAGGAACCCUUGCCAAAGAAGGAGAAAGACCAAGUGUCAACGAAACAGGAAGGCGUAAAGCCCACCAUGGAAACACAGGGUCCUCCGCCACCCCCGACGUCCCAGUACGCAUACAUCCAUCCCUCGUAUAUGCAGCAACAUUACGGGGCGCUACCCUUUGAUCCGGCCCACCCUAUGUACAGGGUGAUGGUUCCUGGGCCGUACAGUGGCAGCCCAUACUUGCAUGCGCCCAUGCAGAGGUACCACGCCCCGGAGGACCUAAGUCGAGCCCCUCCUCCACCGCCAACCAAAGCCCUCGAUAUGCUGCAGCACCACGCUCAGUACUAUUCUUCGCACAAGAUCCACGAGCUGCAGGAACGCGCCAUCAAGAGUCCCACACCGAAAACGUCUUCGGCGGCGUCGCCGUCUACAGGAGGCGGUGGCACUGGCGGAUCUGGAGGUGGCGUUCAGUCCCAAGUAGGUCAAGGACAAGGUGUCGGAGGCGGACACGGUCCUGGUGGACCACCCCCACAGCAUACGCAACCGCAGUCAGGUGGAGGCGGUCAACCCCCAGUGGGCGGAAACGGAAGCGGCAAACAGCAAAGUGGAGGUGGCGGAGGUGGUGGACAGCAAGGAGUACAGGAUAAAGACAGCCGAAGUCCGCCACCACAAAGGCACGUUCACACCCAUCACCAUACGCAUGUCGGUUUGGGGUAUCCUAUGUACCCCGCACCAUAUGGAGCUGCCGUACUAGCGUCGCAACAAGCAGCAGCGGUGACAGUGAUCAACCCAUACCCAAAAUGACUGCAUCAAUAGUGUCGCAGUAGUGACUAACAUUCCAAUUCUCAGUGAGUGUCGUACCAGGACAGUGUAGAAGGUCUCUUAGUGACAUGUACCCCCUUGAGACUCAUCCCUUUAGCUAUUCGUGUCUGUAGCGAAGACCCCCCUAAUGAAGGUUGCGAUCUGUUGGAUCGUUUUCUGACAUUGGUUUCCCUUGUGGUUAUUGGACACAAAAAUUCGCGAAGAUAGUGACAGUUGCGUAAGAUGUGCUUGCUGUUAGGGGAAUCACAGUGACAUGGUAUCUAGUGCGGAUUCUGCGUUUAGUAGAGACGAUUGGACGAUAAAGUGCUAUUUUGUAGACGUGAGGAAAACCUUUGAAGGCAAAUUUUGUGCGUCAUGUUGGUGGUGCGGAAGUUGGUCUAAAUUGUGUACUGGGUUGGCAGUAUGCAUGUAAGCGUUAGAGUUGCAAAACUCUGAUAAUGGUCUAUUCGAAAAUACUAGAGACAAAGAUUAUGUUUUACUCAGGAGAGACGUACAUGUCUACUUCUUUUGAUCGUGACCGUCAACCAAAGUACCAUUUCUCAGCAUAUUACAAUUUAUCAUAACAUAUAUUCCCCCAGGACCGGCUUCAUGCGGUAAGCAUGUGAGGCAGGGCGAAGUGUCAGGGGAGGCGCAAAAUUCUCGAUUAAUAUGAGGGGGGAUGCAUAUUAAAUCCUUUGUCUCAGGGCGCACAAAAGUCUGAAACCGGCCCUGAUUUCCUCAAACCUAGGCCCAUGAAGCCGUGAUAAAGUCAAAAGUUUGUCUCGAUCCUAUUUACUAACACACAAAAGCUGAAGCAAUAGAUUUUGCAGCUGCUGCUAUAUUUCAUGUCAGCUGACUGAUUAUUACGUCGACUAUAUUAAAAGAAAUGGAAGUGAAAUAUAUAUCAGUUCAGUAUCAAGUUUCAUACAUAAGAUGAUUUAGCAUUUACUUUUAACAAAAAAUUACCUUCAAUUUUUAUUUAUUUAAGCUACAGGUUAUUGUUCGUUUCUCUUCAAAAUUCAUAAUAAAUUGUAUCUUUUGACGCCUGCGAUAACUAAUAUCGGACUGAAUUUGUUCAUCAGAAAUGGUAUUUUCAAGUUUGUUCGACAGCCGCGCUCAAAAAGAAGGCUUUGACUUUUAAAUGGGACUGCUUCUUAUAAAUAUUUAAAAGUGUGAUAUUUUUGUCGAUACAUUAUGUUGAAUCAUUCGGUACUAUCAAUAUAAAUUUACAGAUAGUUAUACUAAGAGAAGAUACUUCAUGGGAUGUCUUUAGAAUCCGCCGGUCCGCCCCAUUCACCUUGGCCUUACAACAACAACAGCGAUCCAUGAGCGAACCGCCCUUGGUUUGGUGGUUCAAAAGUUUUGGGACGGCAUAUUUUUUGAGAGAAAUCAAACCAAAUACCAACAAUAGAGUGUGUUUAAUCAAAUAAAAAAUAAGAAAGGAACUAUUUUCCACUAAAACUCGGCUAGUUGGUAAUUAUUUCUAUAAAAAUUUGCUUUAAAUUCGUGAUUCAUCGAAAUGUCCACCACGAGCUCGAAUACUGCAUGACAGACACGACUCAUCCGACGUAUCAAAUUUUCAAGAAUAAUUGGAGAUAAGGAUACUCUCGGUACCUGCACUAGUAGGCUCUUGUUGCUUCACCUGUCUGUCCAACUCACUAAUAUUCAGUAGGAGACAAAUCUGGGGACUGGGAAGGCCACGUCGUUUUUCAUUGCACCAAGUUCUUGCUGCAGGUCCAAAUAAUUGCGGCAUAGUCGAGAUGAAUGGUCAGGGUCGUUGUCUUGAUGAAAUUCGAAAUUGUUUCCAACAAUCCUUUGUCCUGAGGGAACAGCGUGGUUUUCCAAUAUUUCCAAAUUCCGCUCUUUUCGCAUUAUACCCUUAAUACGAACCAAAUCUCCUGUUCGAUUUCCAGCAAAACAGCUCCAAACCAUUACACUCCCACCUCCAUGUUUAACAGUGGGCUGCAAUCAUUGCGGAGCCAUGCGUUUAUGAGGUUGGCGGCGUACAAACUGUCGUCGUCGAGAUUCGAACAUUUCGAAUUUGGAUUCAUCCUACCAAAGGACUCGAUUCCAACCGUCAGUGGUCCAAUCCUUGUGUUUUCGAGUCCAUGCUAACCGGUUGAGUUUAUUUAUAGGUCGCAGGAGUGGUUUGCAUGCUGCUACACAUCCUCUAAGGUUAGCCCUUUGUAAGCGGCGUUUUACCGUGGUCAUGGACACAGGGUUUUCCCUCGUUCUGUUCAAGCUUUGUAUGAGUUCAGGCGAAGUUAAAUGUCUAUUUCGCUUAUUUGUUAUUACUAUAAACCUAUCCUCAGGAACAGUUGUAACUGUGCGUCUUCCAGAGCGUGGUCGAUCUGCGACACUGCCUGUUUCCCUCUUUUUCUUCAAAAUUUGAGACACAGUGUUCCGUCCUAAAUGCAGCUUUUCAGCAAUCGCUCGAGUUGGCAAUCCCUCAUCACGUGAGGCACAUACUGCACCCCGUUUUUCAAGAGAAACGUUACCCGUCUUUACCAUUUUCCAUAAUUUUGAAAAAAUCUGACCCUAGCACAUCGACUAGUAGUUUAUGCUAAACUACGUACAAUUUUUACUUUGUUUCAUUGAUACCCAGAAUGUUUAUGUAUCACAUUACGCGGAACAUAAUACAUAGUACAAAAACAAGUAAGCAGCGGAAGGAAAUCGGCCGAUUUAUGACUACAAUGAACUAAUAAAAAUAUCGGCGUCUCUAAUAUAAAGAUGUUUACAUUUAUUCCCUUUUAAGUGGUGUGUAAUAAUCAAUCAAUGUCAUAUAAGCCAUUUUAAGUUCUCUAAAAAAAAGUUACUGUCCCAAAAUAUUUGAGCGGUAGUGUAACAUAUAUGUGUGCCAGAGAUUGAUGUAUGAAAGUAAUUCCUAUUGUUUUACUGGGAUCUAUCAAAAGGCUACAUUCAUUUUUCAAUAUAUUUGACUCGGCACGCAUUUUAGCGCUCGCAUUUGUUAAAAUAUGAAUGCCAGUGUAAUAUCUAAGAAUUCUACUUGUUAAAAUGCCCGAUAUCAUUGAUUAACGUAUUCUACCUAAUACUAUAUUCGCGCGUCCGAAAAAUUAUCAUAGAUGAAAUGGGAUAUCGUAGCGUCAUAUACGAAAAUUUGUUACAGCUUUUUUCCCUUUCUGUUUUAGUAACGUCUCUAUCACUCCCUAAUUUUUAUCACCUUCUCUGUCUUCUCUGGGUAUAACUUCUCUUUGGUUUUCACCUUGAAUAUUCUUGAAGGUUCAAUACGACUCCAUAAAUUUUUAUUUUUUUUUGUACGAAAAUUAAAAAAUGUACAUACAUGUAUGUAUGGUGUUAUAAAAAGAAAAUGAAGUUUCUUCCAACUCAUCAAAGCUUUUAAUUCUGCAAGCACAGGUAUUUGAAGUGCAUGAGUAUAUUUUCUGAAAAGUUAUUAUCGGAAAACGUUCUAGAGUUUUUGCUAUUCAGUGUAGAUACACUAAGAUGUGAGAAAACUUCCACCAAACCUGUUUAUAGGAUGCACAAGAUUUACCUUUGGAGCUGUCUUUCCAUCUGUACAAAGUUGUAGAAAUUGUAAACGCUACAUAUAUGCUAGCUUACAUGUAAACAUGCAAUUUGUAUAGAAGCGAUGUCUCUGUAUUCACCAAACAUUAUUGGAAACCGUCAAAAAACGAAUCUAGCGGAUUCGCCCCGAAGUUUUAAGUGUAAAUAAUGUAAAGCCGUACGUAUCGUUCCUUUAGUUACUUACUUUGUAGUAGACUGAAUAUUUGAAAUUACCUAGGUACUGUGUAUUUUUUAAUGUCUUCUUUUGUCGUAUGAAAACAAAAUAAGAACUAGGUAUAAACUUUUUAUUUUUAUUAAAAAUGUGCGUUCCAGUUUUAGUGGGGCGUUUGUAUGAUUACGAAUGUUUUUUUGUUUCUUUUUUUACUUAAACAAUUGGAGUCUGUACAUCCUGUAAUUUCUGUAAAUAUGGUCUUGUCUUAUUAUUUAUGCGCUAUUGCGAACAUUGAAAAAACACCUUUUUGUGUAUAGUAAAAUAAAAUUUUUGUUAUUCUUUUUUAAUAAAUGUAUAUUUAUAUUUUACCCUAUUUUAUUCGUGUGAUACAAAUUUUUGGACGAUUUUUUAUGACGGUAUAAAGGAUAUUUGUAGAAAAUUACCUACUGUACAGACUACGAAAGGCUUUAAUGUAAAAUUGCUU